AUGGAGGGGCUGAGGCGGGGGUUGUGGAAGCAGGCCGACGCGUUCCGGCGCGAUAAGGCGGGCGGGUCCAUUGUCGCGGCGUCGGCGCACGUUUCCUCUACAGCCGCCGAGCCUACCGCAUUGUUCCCUCCCAUAAUGAACAAACUUAUUCCCGAGGCUAAUGCUGCAAACCGCUUGCCGAAUUCGCUCCGGCGUUAUCUAGCCCCACUGUCGCCGACAUUGAGCCGCGACUCGCGCCGCAGUUAUAAUAGCCCGGGACCCAUAGGCCCAGUUAUGUUUGAG